GGGAAUGUAGGAGGGAGAGAAGGAUGUGAAGAAAGAGGAGAAGGAAGUAGUGAGGGCUAUGUGACCGGCCCAAAGGGAGCUUCCCAGGGGCACGCUGCCUCAACUCCCACUCACCCCUCGACCAGAUGCUCUGUCCCCCUUUGCUGGCCCAGCCCUGGCCUCCUUUCUGUGGCCCCGGAGGACGCUGCGCAGGACGGUCUCCGGAGAGAUGCUGCUAUCUCAGGCCCGGCAAGCGGACAGCCAGCUGAGACUACAGCUACCUCGAGGUCUCCUCCGCCCCGUGGCCCGCGAGACAUGGACCCGGACGACUCUGACCCUCCAAAAAGCGCCGACAAGCCCAAAAGCUUCAGCAUAGACAGUAUCCUGGCCCGGACACAGAGCCAGAAGCCGGCUAGAGGAGGCGAGCUGGCCGGGGCAGCCAAACAGGCUGGGGAGUCGCUGGCCGGGGGAUGCUUCAGCUCUGCCUUUUUUACUAGCUCGCCCGGCCUCUGCCCGACUUUCAGUGGUUCCCUGAUGGUCGAUUCUCAAGUUCAAGGGCGACUUUACCAGCUGGGGAUCCCUCUUCUUUCAUAUUUCCCGCUCCAGCUCUCUGACACGGUCUUUAAUUUCCAGUAAUAGAAACCGAGACAGAUUUUGUUUCUCUCCUGUCUCACCAAAGCCUGGAACCUGUCCCUUGAAAGGGGCGCCAGCGACUGACCACGACCGAAGCGGGUGAAAAGCAAAUUAUUUUAACAUUGCUUGUUUAUUUGUUUGAAAGGCAUUUGCCAAC